AUGCGUAGGACAGCAUCAACUUGUUUGUCCUCCAAGAAAACAAGGAUUAGUAGAGCCAUCUGGUUCAAUAAUUAUUCGACGAAACCUCCAAUCAAUACAACUAGUCUCUUACAGGAAGUGUCAACAAAACAAAAAUUAUUCAGUACGGACCCCAUAUCACCUGGUUCAAUAUUCUUCCUCCCUAAUGGCACUAAAAUAUUCAAUAAACUAAUUUCCUUCAUGAAAGUACAACAACUACAACCAAUUUUCGGUUUCAAAGAAGUCAUUACACCCUUAAUCUAUAAAAAAUCCCUUUGGGAGAAGUCUGGUCAUUGGGCUAACUACAAAGAGGAUAUGUUCCAUGUUGAAGGUGAAGAUAUUGAGAAAGAAACGUUUGGACUAAAACCAAUGAAUUGUCCAGGUCAUUGUGUCAUAUUCAAUAAGACUGAUCAUUCAUAUAAUGAAUUACCAAUUAGAUAUUCUGAUUUUUCCCCUUUGCAUAGAAAUGAACCAUCCGGUUCAUUAAGUGGAUUAACUAGGCUAAGGAAAUUUCAUCAAGAUGAUGGUCAUAUCUUUUGUACUCCUGAACAAGUAGAACAAGAAAUUCUAAACUGUUUAAAAUUUAUUGAUCUUUGUUAUAUCAAGGUUUUUAAAUUAACAAAUGGUUAUACUAUAAAUUUUUCAACAAGACCUACUGAUCACUAUAUUGGUGAAUUACCUGUAUGGAACCAUGCUGAGAAUGUACUUCAAUCUAUAUUAACAAAAUCGGGCAAACCUUGGGAAUUAAACGAAGGAGAUGGUGUAUUUUAUGGUCCCAAAUUAGAUAUAAUGAUAAAAGAUCAUAAUGGGAAAUCUCAUCAGGUUGCCACUAUCCAACUAGAUUUUCAAUUACCUGAAAGAUUUGAUUUGAAAUACAAAGAUGCAGAUAAUACUUAUAAGAGACCGAUAAUGAUCCAUAGAGCUGUUUUCGGCUCUGUAGAAAGAUUCCUAGGGUUAUUGAUAGAUCAAAACAAGGGGAAAUGGCCAUUUUGGUUAAAUCCUUAUCAAGUAAUGAUAAUCCCAAUUAAUACAAAGAAUCAAGAUCACUUAGCUACUGCAAAAAUGUUAGUUGAUAAAUUAAGAGGCACAACGACGGGAAUUGACAAUGCCAAUAAUUUGGAACCAAUUCCUAUGCAUGGUUAUCAAUUCAAUGCUGACUUAGAUGAUAGAUCAGAGCCCGUUGGUUAUAGAAUUAAGGAUGCUAUCCUUAAAUAUUAUUCAUAUUUAAUUAUUAUAGGUGACGAGGAAGUAAAAACGGGGAAAUUCAGCGUAAAGGAGCGUGACAAUAGAUCUAACUUACAACAUCUGACCACUGACGAAAUCAUUGAGAAAUUUUCAACUUUAGAGGAAAAAUACAUGUAA